UCGGUCUGUGAGUUCCUGUGAUCGGAUCAUUAGUGUUUAGUGGUUAGACAUGAGAGAAAGGACGCUCAAGUGUAGCUUAGGGAACUUUAUUUAACUUUAGUGAGUUUGAGAACUUUCUGAAUAUCUGAGCAGAAGAAUGGAGCCGAUUACAAAGUGGACACCGGCUCAGGUUGUGGACUGGAUCAGAGGCCUGGACGACAGUCUCCAGCAGUACGUUCCUUACUUCGAGAGAGAGAAGAUCAGUGGAGAGCGGCUUCUGAAGAUUUCCCAUCAGGAUCUGGAGGAGCUGACGAUGAGCCGCGUCGGCCACCAGGAGCUGAUUCUGGAGGCUGUGGAUCUGCUCUGCGCAUUGAACUGUGGCGUGGAGACGGAUAACUUGAAGACUCUGGUGGGUCAGAUGCGAUCAGCAUCCAAUAACUUGCACAACUGUGCCUCAGAGCGCAGGAAAAACCCUAAUUAUGAUGGAGGAAGUCCAAACAAACCACCUAACGUGUUCCUCACCGCUGUGGUGGAGCUGAUAGGGGCUGCUAAGGGCAUGCUGGCCUGGCUUGACAGGACUCCUCUGACAGGAGUCAGUGAUUUCAGCACAACCAAAAACAAGAUCAUUCAGCUCUGUCUGGAACUGACCACCACUGUCCAGAAGGACUGCACAGUGUUUGAAAUGGAGGAGAAGAUAUUAGAAGUGUCAAGUGUUUUGACCGGCAUUUGUGAUUCCACCAUGAGGAUGACCUCUGACCCCUUAAAGAGUCAAAUGACCUGUUUGGAGGAAGUCACCAUCACGAAUAUCAAAGCAGGCGAGGGAAUGGGAAUGUAUAUCAAAUCCACUUACGAUGGGCUGCACGUCAUCACCGGAACCACGGAAAAUUCUCCAGCAGACAGAACUCAGAGGAUUCAUGCAGGCGAUGAGGUGAUACAAGUCAACAGGCAAACAGUGGUGGGCUGGCAGUUGAAGAAUCUGGUGGAAAAGCUCAGAGAAGAUCCUCAGAAUGUGACACUGAUGGUGAAGAAAAGACCAUCAGGUACCUGCGGCUUCACACCAGCACUGCUGAAAAACAUGCGCUGGAGACCCCCCGUCGUCCAGAGCCCAUCUUAUGAGCCAUCCAGAAAUCCUGUGCAAAUCAAGCAUCCGGAGAAACCUGCAAUAUUAGAUCUCUAUAUUCCUCCUCCUCCUUCCAUGCCAUACAGCCCACGGGGUGCAGAGACGAGUGAAUAUGCAGCAGUUAAGAUGAGACCAAAAGGUUCAGAGUCGCCCAACUCAUCUCUGGAUUUAGCUAGUAGACGACGUUCAAAUAUCAGCGACUUCAACAGCAAACCAAGCGUAAACCCAGCUGAGAUCGCCGCCCCAAAGGCGCGACUGAGACAGCGGACCCCGUCGAGAGGGAAGCCGCGUCCCAUGUCCAUGCCGGUAGACACUUGCCUGAGCACGUCGGACUCCCCCUCCAGACCCUGGGCUCUUGGACGGAAAGGUGAUGAGAUCUUGCACAGGUAUCUGAGUAACGAACAGAUCCCCACCAUCUCAGAAGAGUCGCCUUGUUACCCGCUGCCCUACCGCCCCACAGGAGAAGGCCGUCUCGUCCGAGGGGUCGACCACAUCCGCGGCAGCCAGUGCUUUAUCAACACAGACCUACACAACAGCGCCACCAUACCCUACCAGGAGGCGGUCGCUCGGAAACCUGCAGCUAAAUCCUCCAAGAGACGCCCCUCAGAGCCCUCAGUGUUCAGCAGCUGGAUCGCCCGCCUCAAGCUGCUCACACACAGGCUCGCGCGAGUCAGAGGCGCUUCACAAACCCGGUGUGUGAUGUCUGCGUGGGGGGUCUUCCGAGCACUAAAACACCUGCAGGGGUUCACAUGCUGGAUACAGCUGGUCGAGGACAUCUUUAUAUUGUUCUCCUAUCUGAAGUCAGUAGAGGUGAAUCAAAUGAGUCGGACUGAGUCAUACCCUCUUCAAGACUUUGUUGCCGGGAAGUCACAAGGAGAUGAUGUGAUGAGCCGCAGAAAGGUCUCGGUGAAAGACCUGGGCCAGGGCGACUGUCAGGGCUGGUUGUACAAGAGAAAGGAGAGCAAAGGGCUCUUGGGCUGGAGGUGGAAGAAGUUUUGGUUUGUGCUCAAGAAAUGUUCGCUCUACUGGUACACGUCGGACACGGCGGAGAAAGCCGAAGGAUACAUCAACAUGAGAGACUUCACCAUAGAACAGGCUGCCGAAUGCAAGAAGAAGUUUGCAAUGAAAGCAAGCCACCUUGACAUGCUGACGUUCUACUUUGCAGCUGAGAGCAUGAAAGACAUGAACAAAUGGCUGUCUAAACUCUCCCAGGCUUCAAAUGAACCUGAGCCCACAGACUCCACAGAUGGAGAGUGUUACAGUGAGGAGAGUGAUGAUGAGGAUGAAGCAGACACUGCUGAGAUGUGUGUGGAGUACACGGAUCAGCUGACUCCUGGCUCUCUGCAUGGGUGUCUGCCGCCCCCCCGCUCCUCAUCCUCUCCAUGUCUGGUUCCCCCGGUGUGUGACCUCACAGAGACUCAGAGUGCAGACAGUGAGUCGUGGCAGGAGCUCAGCUCUGAGGAAGACCCCAUCCAGAAAAUACAGGAGUUCAAAGGAGACCACUGCCCCCCGUCUGAUGAGAUGGAGAUGCUGUAUCUUCACCUGAAGCAGGUGAGUCUGUCCCCCACCGGAGCCCUGCAGCCCACCACCAAACGUGACUUCAGGUCCUCCUUCAUCAGACGCUGCAAAAACGAGAGCGUCAAUGAGAAACUGCACCUGAUCCGAGCUUUAAACAGCACUUUAAAGGCGAAGGAGGCCGAUCUGCAGACCAUAGAGCAGGUCUUGAGCGAGCCGUCUCUGAGCGCUUGUAAAUACAGACAGUGGCGAGAUGCUAAUGUGCUCCUGCUGCAGGAGAUCGGAGAGCAACACAAGAGAGCCGUGGAGACACAAGCGCAGGAAGCUCUGGUUCAGCCUCAGCCUCUGCCUGUGCCUCAGCAUCCGUCGCUCUCCAGCCCGGCCGCUGCGAUCGCUGUGUACACCGAGACCAGUCUGUGAAGACCAGAAGACCAUUACAGGAACACAGACGGAGCGGGGCUUCCAGGACACAAAUGAAGCUUCGCUGAAACACUUCAAACAGUGAUUCCUCUGAACCGGACACAGAAGAGCCUAGCUCGGUUAUAACUCUUUUCUGAAACGUGUAGUUACUGCAUUUUGCCUUUUGUAGUUCAGAGUAACUGUAACAAAUGAAUAAAUGACACGUGUUUUGAUAAAGAAAAGUGGGAGAGGAAAAUGUCUGUAGAUGUUCUGUAAACUUGACUCAAACUGUGAGUUCAACGGGAAUAUGAAUCACUCUUGGAUUCAUAACUGCACUCUAUUGUCUAGUUUUUAAUGCAAUCUAUAAAUGUAAAUUUUUUUUCUCCAGAUUGUGGAUUAUGCACAGAACAAACACACUCCUGGAUGUGCGUGUGCAUGUAUUUGUUACCACUCGCUCCAUUUCACACUCACUAUACACACACAUCGGAGCGCCGUUCUCUCUUUGGUUCCUAAACCUGUUUGUGUCUGAUGUUUUUAGGAGUGGCGUCUUGUUUACCGGUUUUAACAAGACGGUCCCUUUUAGAUGAACACAUUUUAGCAUUUUACAACUGAAAAUGAAUGUCUCAGGUGUUGUACAUUAUUUGUAUAAACGUCUGAUUUAAUUGUAUAAAUGUGUACUUGAUGUUUUUGGAGUAAUUCAUGCUGAAGGUGUGAAAUAAAAAUGAUGAUUUAA